UCAAAUGAAAUAUUAUACUAGUAGUAAUCAAAACAAAGACUAGAGGUCCGUAGAUUUGAGAAAAGGAUAACACGCAGCUAUAGAAACAAACAAAUGGUGCCACGCGUCAAUUGCGAAACCCCAUAUAACAAUUGCCUCUAACUAUUGGUCUAGUCUCAUCUUAAACUAAAUAAUCGUAAAUUCGUAAUCAAUCAAUCGAGAUUGAGGAUGGGUGUGGUGAUAAUAGACGGUACCACCGUAACAGACUUCAUAGCCGACGACGAGCGUUUCACAGACAGCGUCAACGAACAGUUUUCAUCUCUCGAUCUCAACAACGACGGCGUUUUAUCACGCGCCGAGCUUCGCACAGCCUUCGAAUCGAUGAGACUGAUCGAGGCACACUUCGGCAUCGACGUAUCUACUCCGCCGGAGCAACUCACGCGCCUUUACGACUCCGUGUUCGACAGUUUUGACGGUGACGGAAGUGGCACUGUCGAUCGUGACGAGUUUAAAUCCGAGAUGAAGAAGAUCAUGCUCGCGAUCGCUGAUGGAUUGGGAUCUUCGCCUAUUCAGAUGGUUCUGGAAGAUGAUUCGCAGAGUCUUCUUCAGAAAGCGGCGGAUCUUGAAGCUUCUAAGUACGCUGCUGCCGUUUGAUUGCUUGUCGUUUUGGUUGUUUUUGUGUCCUGUUAUAGGUCGUUUUGGUUAUCGUUUUGUAUAUUUACGGAUAUUGUUAGAAUUUUGAUGUCAGUGUGAUUAAAAUCUGUGUUUGAUUUGCACUGCAUAAGUUUUCUUUUGCUUUUCAUCCUGGUCUACUCCAAUAAAUCUUCCGACUUCAAUUUUCUUUA